ACUCCUCCACUUCUGGGCUCUCCAUCCCACGGCCGUCAGCCACGCACUUCACCUCCCUCUAACUCCCGCUCCUUUUCCACCUCCUCAAAUCUCUACGUAAAUAAAAACUGUAUUUUUAUACGUAUAAAAUACGUAAAUACAAACUUAUAUGAACUCUCUCUUUGCCUUCCUUUAUCUUCUUUACUCUUCAUGCAGUCGACAAAAUGGGAAACCUUUGCACCUGCUUUGCACGUAAACCGGUGAAGAAACGACUCCUCACGAAACGGUUGCAGAACCAGCAAAGCGGACCCAACUCCAGCAACCGGUGGGCUCGGGUCCGAUCGUCGAGGAAAGAACAGCUUGAUGAUACUCUGAUUCAGGAGCAGGCUUUAGCAGCUGCGAUCCUGUUCAGGCAACACCAACAGCAAAACGGGGGCGUUUCGUUGCCGUUUGAUAGGUCUGCUUCAUUGAGGUACCCCAAUUCUUGUUCGGGGUCUAAGAAAGCGGGACAGCUGCCUCGGAGCUCCAGUUCUAGAGCUAGGUCCCUUACUGACCCGCUUUUGCAACCUCAUCAGCUUGUUAACGAGGAUGUAAAGCUUGAUACCUUGGAAACAAAUCAUUUUGUCCUUGUCCAUGGGGGAGGCUUUGGUGCUUGGUGUUGGUAUAAAACAAUUGCACUGCUAGAGGAAGGUGGUUUCAAAGCUACUGCUGUUGAUCUGACUGGUUCUGGAAUUCAUUUAUUUGACACAAAUGGCAUUACCAGUCUCUCACAAUAUAUGAAGCCUCUAACUGAUUUUCUUGAAAAACUUUCUGAAGGCGAGAAGGUGAUCUUGGUGGGGCAUGAUUUUGGUGGGGCAUGUAUAUCAUAUGCAAUGGAGCUGUUUCCUUUUAAAAUUGCAAAGGCUGUUUUUGUGGCUGCAGCAAUGUUGACAAAUGGACAAAGUACUUUUGAUAUAUUUGCCAAGCAGGCAGGUUCUAAUGAUCUAAUGCAACAGGCUCAGAUAUUUCUGUAUGCUAAUGGAAAUGACCACCCUCCAACUGCUAUUGAUCUAAACAAGUCUUUAUUGCGGGAUUUGUUAUUCAAUCAAAGUCCUUCCAAGGAUGUAGCAUUAGCAUCAGUUUCGAUGAGACCAAUCCCUUUUGCACCAGUUUUGGAGAAGCUUUCUCUUUCUGACUUGAAAUAUGGAUCUGUGAGGCGUUUUUACAUAGAAACUCCUGAAGAUAAUGCCAUGCCUAUGGUACUUCAGGAAAGCAUGAUUAACUCAAGCCCACCAGAAAAAGUAUUCCGACUAAAAGGUGCUGACCACUCACCAUUUUUCUCAAAGCCUCAAGCCUUACACAAACUAUUGGUAGAGAUUUCAAAAAUCUCUUCACCUUGAGAGAAUCUAAUUGUUAGAUGUUUUAUGGAAGUGCCACUCGGGGCUUCAUUUGAUGUGGUAUAGGGAAAUUAUUCACUGAAUUUGAGUGAACGUAUAUAUGCACAUACCAUCAAAAAUGGUGUAUGGUGCUCAACCACUAGAUAGCUUAGACCUCUGUAUCAGAGCACAGAAUAUGUUGAUAUCUUUUUCCUUGGCCCUUUUUGUUUUUGUUUUUGGUUUUCCCUUCAAGACAUAUUCAUAUUUAUGCUAGUGAAAGAUUCACACUUCAAAAUAAUGCGAUACAAGCUAUAGUUUUUCCCAAGGCUUGGUGCAUACUAGAAUGCUUGUUUUGUUAAUAUGGUUGUUGAAUCGAGUUCUCUUGUAACAUGAUGCAUCUGAGCUUAAACUUGUUGAAUUGCUGAAAUAAAAGGUUGAUGAUUUAUUGUGGCUUAUAAUCACUAAGGGAUAAGCAGUUCUGCUUCUCGUUGUUGAUGACUCUCCCUUCGGAG